AUGGAGCGUCCAGCUCUGGGGGAAUAUGUGCCAUGUGAGCCACCCCAGCCGGACGAGCUCCCGGAGGACGAGAGCGUUUUCACCUACCUCUUCCAGCCUUCACCUCACACCCUGAGCCGCGUGGUGACAUCCACCCAGCUCUGGUUCCACACAGGCCCUGACCUCGUGCCCCCUGGCUCGUCAGCUGCUGCCAACCGCUCCGCACGGGGGGCAGACGUGCUGAUCCUGUCGGGGCAGGGCCGGGUCACCGUGGCAGCCACUGUGGUGCAGGCAGCCGAGCAGUGGACGGUCUUUCACUUCGCCGCGCCCUUCCUGCGCUAUGUCUCCCAGAAGCUCUUUGUGCUGCUGGUGCGCUGCCCGGGCUGCCCCUGCACGGCCGAUCCAGACAAGAUGCCCUUCCUCAUGGCCACCACCAAGCCCAAAGGGCCAGACAGAGCCCGCCGCUCCUCCGUGCCCUGGUCCCCGGCUGCCCUCAACCUGCUGCAGCGCCCGUCAGAGGACGCCGCUGCCCACGCUGACUGCCACCGGGCCGCCCUCAACAUCUCCUUCGAGGAGCUGGGCUGGGACAAGUGGAUCGUGCACCCCAGCAGCUUCGUCUUCCACUACUGCCACGGCAGCUGCUCCGAUGCCCACACCCUGAGCCACACGCUGGGCUUCCGGCUGUGCUGUGCGGCCCUGCCCAGCACCAUGCGCUCCCUGCGCGUUCGCACCACCUCCGACGGCGGCUACUCCUUCAAGUACGAGACUGUGCCCAACAUCCUCACCCAGGACUGCGCCUGUAUCUAGGGCCACCGGGAACCACGCAGCCCUGCGCUGGGCCCUGCUCUCCCAGAGCUCCCCCCGGCUCCCUGAGACGGGGGUGUCUGGCGGGGGGGGGGCAGGGGGCACCUGAGACGCCUGGAUACCUGAGACGGGGGGGCACCUGAGACGCCU